UAUUUCUGAACAAGUUCCUGGAUAACAAGCCCAAGGGUUUUCUUGUUGAUGAUAGUGACGAUAUUGAUGAUAGUGACGAUAUCGGCCGUGACCUUGAUACGGAGCUGGAGCUUCUAACUAUGAUGAAUGCGCUAACUAUGGAUAUGAUGCCGGAAAUAGACCUAUUUUAUAUCACCCUUCAAUUCGAAUUAGCAAAAGCAAUGUCUCCUUGCAUAAUAUGGAUUCCAAACAUUCAUGAUCUGGAUGUGAAUGAGUCGAAUUACUUAUCCCUCGGUUUAUUAGUGAACUAUCUCUCCAGGGAUUGUGAAAGAUGUUCCACUAGAAAUAUUCUUGUUAUUGCUUCGACUCAUAUUCCCCAAAAAGUGGAUCCCGCUCUAAUAGCUCCGAAUAAAUUAAAUACUAUGCAUUAA